AUGGCCUAUUUCCAAAGAAUAUUUGUCAAGAGAAUGGCAGACCAUAAAAUUGAAGCCACUACAGUUGAUGACAGUUCGCCGGAUACAGCUUGUGAUUCAGACACUUCGUUCCUCAAGACAUUAGGCCCUCCCUUAUCAUCCGACACUUCCAUCCCCGAAUCAAUAUCUUCUGAUAGUUCUAUCCCAAAAUCAUUCGUAUCUGAUUUGGAGAAAUUGAAUCUUGCUCAAGAACGUUUGGAACGCUAUGUCGACGAAGUAGACGAUUCUCCUGACACGAGUUUGAAAACCAAUGCUGCAAAUUUACGUGCCGUCAACGAAUCUUACCGCUCAGAUCCUGAAUCUCUUAAAGCCAGAGCAACCAAAUUACGAGAAGAUGCCAUAAACAAAACAUUGGAUAGUAUUAGGAGGUCAAUGAAUGUUGAUCUUUGCUUUGUCUUAGAUUGCACGGGAUCUAUGGCGAGUUAUAUCGCCGCUGCUAAAGAUAGCAUCUUACGAAUAGCCGAGUGCGCAAAGCAGGCGAAUCAAAACAUUGCCGUCUGGGUCGGAUUUGUUGGUUAUCGUGAUCAUUGUGAUGGCUCCAAUCGUUUGCAAGUAUUUGAUUUCACCGAAUCGUACGAAAGCUUUAGAUCAUAUCUAUCCAGCGUGCAAGCGACCGGUGGCGGCGAUGCACCAGAAGACGUUUUGGGCGGUCUGAACGCAGCCGUGACGCGAAUGACUUGGCGCAAGGGUACGCGCAUUAUUUUCCAUAUCGGAGAUUGUCCGCCGCAUGGCCGUCGUUAUGGGGACCAUGGGGAUUCUCAUCCGAACGGUGAUCCGUUCGGCUUGACGGCGGAAAGUGUAUUAGGAAAAAUGCAAGAGGAAGGCAUAUUUUACUCGUUCGGAAAAAUUACGUAUAUGACCGAUAAAAUGAUUGAAAUAUUUCAGGGUAUACUUGGCCAAUUUCAAGUGUUUGAUCUCUCUUCUGGAAAUUCAAUCUCGUUAAUCGACAAGCUUUCCAAGGCAUCUUGUUCUAUUAUUACCACUUCCGUUUCAUUGACUAGCACUCUCGGAAAGACCAUGGAUAUAAACGCCUACUGGAAAAAUCGUGGCAUACAUGCAACAGAACCUAAUUGGGUUAAUGCCUUUCCGCACACCGGAGUACUUGUAGGGUAUCCCGUUCCCAAGACCGUGGACGAUCUGAAGAAUAACAACUACUUUCGCAAGGCAAACAUCGUUACCGGAAACGUUUCGUUCAAGAUUUCAGAGAAGCCGUUUUCUGUUGGAGCGGAAAGAUACGCAUAUUAUGGCCUUGAUGUCACACGCGAACCAUCUCAGAAAAAGGUGAUAAAAGAAUACCUUAGCAUCAGAGAAAAUACCAAUCCAAUGGAAAGAUAUCUCGAGGCGGUAGAGAUAUCUGCUGUCGCGUCUUAUCUUGCCACGGCAUUUAAUAAGGCUGCAUCACCCUUUGGUGUUAAAAAAGUAAGAUUUCUCGAAGCGAAGGUGUUGUACGAUGUUGUAGAUUCUUCCAAUAUUCGGCACUAUACGAUAGAACCGAGACUUGAUGGAGAAUUCAAGCGAUUCAAUGUAAACAGUGGUGUAAUUGUAGAUUUUCGUCCCUGUCUCGAAGCAUUUGCCCAUUUCACAUAUGAACAUACGAAAAAAUAUUUACUCGUUACCGAUAUUCAAGGAAUUGAGAGUGACGACGAGUUUGUCUUGACGGAUUCAGCGAUACAUUGUACCGAUCCGUUACGAUUCGGAAAGACAAAUCUCGGUGGGAAGGGAAUUCUCAAAUGUUUUUUAGAAACCCACAAGUGUAAUGAUAUUUGUAAUAAUUUAGGAUUACGUCUUUAA